GGUCUUCCUGUCCUGUUGCAGCCAUGCCGCCGCGGCCCUCGUCCGGGGAGCUGUGGGGGCUCCACCUCAUGCCCCCGCGGAUCAUGGUGGACUGCUGCCUCCCCAACGGCAUGAUCGUCACUCUGGAAUGUCUGCGGGAAGCUACUCUUCUGGGCAUCAAACAUGACCUUUUCAAGGAGGCCAGGAAAUACCCCCUUUUCCACCUCCUGCAGGAUGAAUCCUCCUACAUCUUUGUGGGGGUGACCCAGGAAGCAGAGAGAGAAGAAUUCUACGAUGAGUCACGGCGUCUCUGUGAUCUACGCCUCUUCCAACCCAUCCUUAAGGUCAUUGAGCCAGUGGGUAACCGAGAGGAGAAGAUCUUGAACCGAGAGAUCGGGUUUGCCAUUGGGAUGCCCAUCUGUGAAUUUGAGCUUGUCAAGGACCCCGAGGUGCAAGAGUUCCGGAGAAACAUCCUCUCUGUUUGCCGUGAGGCCGUGGAGACGCGGGGGGCAGUCGGGCCCCAAAGCCAGGCUUUAUAUGUCUAUCCCCCCAACGUGGAGUCCAGUCCAGAGUUGCCCAAACAUGUCUACAGCAAACUGGACAAAGGUCGGAUCAUAGUGACCAUUUGGGUUAUUGUUUCUCCAAACAACGACAAACAGAAAUAUACCCUCAAGACGCCGCACGAUGCGCUGCCGGAGCAGGUGAUCGCCGAGGCCAUCCGAAAGAAGACCCGCAGCAUGCACCUGUCGCCAGAGCAGCUGCGCCUGUGUGUGCAGGAGUACCAGGGGAAGUACCUCCUGAAGGUGUGCGGCUGCGACGAGUAUUUGCUCGAGAAAUAUCCGCUCAGCCAGUACAAGUACAUGAGGAACUGCAUCGCCAUUGGCCGCCUUCCCCACCUGAUGCUGAUGAGCAAGGAAAGCCUCUAUGGUCAGCUGCCGGCCAACGUGUUUGUGCUCCCCUCCUACGCACGCCGUUCUGCCCCUUCCUCGCACGUCAACGGAGAUGUCCCCUCCAAGUCACUUUGGUCUAUCAACAGCCUUUUGCGAAUCAAGAUCCUGUGCGCCACCUAUGUUAAUGUCAACAUCCGUGAUAUUGAUAAGAUCUAUGUCCGGACAGGAAUUUUCCACGGUGGGGAGCCCCUUUGUGACAAUGUGAACACCCAGCGUGUCCCCUGCUCGAACCCUCGGUGGAACGAGUGGCUUUCGUACGACAUCUAUCUCACCGACUUACCACGAGCCGCCCGCCUCUGUGUGUCGAUCUGCUCAGUGAAAGGCCGAAAAGGUGCCAAGGAGGAGCACUGCCCUCUCGCCUGGGGCAACGUCAACCUCUUUGAUUACAAAGACACCCUGGUGGCGGGGAAGAUGGCACUGAACCUUUGGCCCGUUCCCCAUGGCCUGGAGGACCUGCUCAACCCCAUCGGAGUGGGGGGCUCCAACCCUAACAAGGAGACCCCUUGCCUGGAGCUGGAAUUCACCUGGUACAGCCACACCGUCAAAUUUGCCAACACUGCUGAGAUAGAGGAGCAUGCCAACUGGGCCAUGUCUCGGGAACUGGGCCUCAACUACUGCAUGGUGGGAUUGAGUAACCGUCUGGCCCGGGACAGCUCCCUUGAUGAAAGCGAACUGGAGCAGCUCCGGAAUAUUUGCAACAGGGACCCCCUUUCAGAGAUCACUGAGCAAGAGAAGGACUUCCUGUGGAGGCACCGGCACUACUGUGUCAACAUCCCAGAGACCCUCCCAAAACUACUGCUGUCUGUCAAGUGGAAUUCACGGGACGAGGUGGCUCAGAUGUACUGCCUCCUCCGGGAGUGGCCUCUCAUCAAACCCGAGCUCUCCAUGGAACUCCUGGACUGCAAUUUCCCCGACCCGGUUGUGAGAGAGUUUGCCCUGAAAUGCCUCGUGAAGGGCCUGACAGAUGACAAGCUCUCUCAGUACCUCAUCCAACUUGUGCAGGUUCUCAAGUAUGAGCAGUAUUUGGACAACCCCCUGGCCCGAUUCCUGACCAUGAAGGCCCUGACAAACCAGCGGAUUGGACACUUCUACUUCUGGCAUCUCAAGUCUGAGAUGCACAGCAAGCCUGUUUCUCAGCGCUUUGGGCUGAUGCUGGAGGCCUUUUGCCGUGGCUGCGGGAUGUACCUGAAGCACCUGAACCGGCAGGUGGAGGCCAUGGAGAAACUGAUCAACCUGACUGACAUCCUGAAGCAAGAGAAGAAGGAUGAGACGCAGAAGAUGCAGAUGAAGUUCCUGGUGGAGCAAAUGAGGAGGCCGGAUUAUAUGGAGGCACUUCAGGGCUUUAUCUGUCCACUCAACCCUGUACACCAGCUAGGCAAUCUCCGGUUGGAUGAGUGCCGGAUCAUGUCUUCCGCCAAGCGGCCGUUGUGGCUGAACUGGGAGAACCCCGACAUCAUGUCUGAGCUGCUCUUCACGAACCAUGAGAUCAUUUUCAAAAAUGGAGAUGACCUCCGGCAAGAUAUGCUGACACUGCAGAUCAUCCGGAUCAUGGAGAGCAUGUGGCAGAACCAGGGGCUGGACCUUCGGAUGCUGCCGUACGGGUGCCUGUCCAUCGGGGACUGCGUGGGCCUCAUCGAGGUGGUGAAGAGUUCCCACACCAUCAUGCAGAUCCAGUGCAAGGGGGGCCUGAAGGGGGCGCUGCAGUUCAACAGCAACGCCCUGCACCACUGGCUGAAGGACAAGAACAAGGGCGAGGGUUACGAUGCAGCCAUUGACCUCUUCACGCGCUCCUGUGCUGGCUACUGUGUGGCCACAUUUAUUCUGGGCAUCGGGGACCGACACAACAGCAACAUCAUGGUCAAGGAUGAUGGACAGCUCUUCCAUAUAGAUUUUGGGCACUUCCUGGACCACAAGAAGAAGAAAUUUGGCUACAAGCGGGAACGGGUUCCCUUUGUCCUCACCCAGGACUUUCUCAUCGUCAUCAGCAAAGGGGUGCAGGAAUGUACAAAGACCAAAGAGUUUGAGAGGUUCCAGGAGAUGUGCUACAAGGCUUACCUGACCAUCCGUCAACAUGCCAACCUGCUGAUCAACCUCUUCUCCAUGAUGCUGGGCUCCGGAAUGCCGGAGCUCCAGUCCUUUGACGACGUGGCCUACCUGCGCAAGACCCUGGCACUGGACAAGUCCGAGCAGGAGGCGCUGGAGUACUUCACCAAGCAGAUGAACGAGGCCCACCAUGGCGGGUGGACCACCAAGAUGGACUGGAUUUUCCACACCAUCCGCCACAUGCCCUUGAGCGAGGCCAGCCAUGACUGACGGACGCAGCCAGGGGAGGGAAC